UUCUCAGUCUAGAGGCGAGACUGCGCGAAUGAUCAUCAGGAGCGCACAUUGAUUUCGGCAGGCAUGCGAAGAUCCAAACAGAACUAAUAUAUAGGCGAGCCUUAAAUUGUUUAUUGCAAUACAUUUCUUUUAUAUUUUUCUUCGCUACCCUUCUAACAAGGGAGUACAUUGUGUGCAAAGAUGACAACGCUUUCAUUGCUGUUUAUGGCCGUGUCGGUCGCUUUAAUAACUGCAGAAUCAUCUGUUCAUUUCCGAGAGCAAUUUGAAGACGGUGACACCUGGAGGAGCCGAUGGGUGGAAUCCAAGCACAAAUCCGACUACGGGAAAUUUGUGCUCACUGCAGGCAAAUUUUAUGGCGAUGCCGAUAAAGAUAAGGGUCUUCAAACAAGUCAGGACGCCCAUUUCUAUGCUCUGUCAUCUCGAUUCCCGGAUUUCAGCAACAAGGACCAGCCCCUUGUCAUCCAGUUCAGUGUAAAACAUGAGCAGAGCAUUGACUGUGGUGGUGGCUACAUCAAGCUUUUCCCGUCAGAUCUGAAACAGGAAGAUAUGCAUGGAGACUCCGUAUACAAUAUUAUGUUUGGCCCUGACAUUUGUGGCCCUGGCACCAAGAAAGUACAUGUCAUUUUCAAUUACAAGGGGAAAAAUCAUUUGAUCAACAAAGACAUCAGAUGCAAGGAUGAUGAAUACAGCCAUCUGUAUACAUUAAUUGUCAAUCCUGACAACACUUAUGAAGUCAAGAUUGAUAAUAAGAAGGUGGAGUCUGGAUCUCUGGAAGAGGAUUGGGACUUCCUGCCAGCCAAAAAAAUUAAAGAUCCCGAAGCGAAAAAGCCUGAGGAUUGGGAUGAGAGGGAGAAGAUCGACGAUCCUGAUGAUACGAAACCAGAGGGUUGGGACAAACCUGAGAACAUCCCUGAUCCUGACGCCAAGAAACCCGAGGACUGGGAUGAUGAGAUGGAUGGGGAAUGGGAGCCACCCAUGGUCACCAAUCCUGAAUACAAGGGUGAGUGGAAACCCAGACAAAUUGACAAUCCUGCUUACAAGGGGAAAUGGGUACACCCAGAGAUUGAUAACCCGGAGUACACACCUGACAACGAAAUCUAUAAGUACAGUAGCUUUGGAGUAAUCGGACUGGACCUAUGGCAGGUGAAGUCUGGCACAAUUUUUGACAACUUCCUCAUUACCAAUGACCCAAAGCUGGCAGAAGAGGUUGGCAAUGAGACCUGGGGCGCCACAAAGGAUGCAGAGAAGAAGAUGAAGGAAAGCCAAGAAGAGGAGGAGAGAAAGAAGCGUGAGGAAGAGGAAAAGACCAGAAAGGAGGAUGCAAAGGACGAAGAGGAAGAUGAGGAUAAGGAGGAGGAGGAAGACGAAGAAGAGGAGGAGGGGGAAGAGGAAGAAGAAGAGGAGGAGGAAGAGGAAACAGACUCUAAACUCAAAGACGAGUUGUAGAUUUCAAUAAGAACUUAUGAAGAAAUGUCUCAUACCUUAUGAUUAAUGAGGUAUAAGGCAGAGAACUGGACUAAUGCUGGACCAUCUCUUCAGUUGGGUGUCAGAUGAUUCUGACAGAUUUUUCCCUUCCUACUACUUCAGAUCUAUUUAUAGAGUAACUUUCAUGAUUUUCAUUUGCAUUUGAGCAGGUCCCAAACAUUUUCUGUCAGGGAGAAUAGGAGCAGCGAUUCCCCAUCUGUAUUGAGACAUCUAUUAAAACACUUGUGUACAGUGUCAGAUAUUAUCCAGUAGCAUCUGUUUUAUUUACGCAACUUUGUGACAUGAAACUUGAAACAUAGCAGUCAUCAGACAUUACCUCAAUAAAUAUUUUCUUUAUCAGUUUUGUUGACAAUGAGGAGCAAUUUGGAGGUACUGUAAAAGGUAACUUUCUUUUCUAACUUGUCACCAUUUUGUUUCCAUUUAGUUUCUGUUAAAGAUUGUUUUUUUUUCCCGUCAAAAGCAGUUUUGCUGGAGUAGGUACAGAUAUGUAUCAGUUAUUUCUCAUUCACUGCAGCUUGGGCAGCGUGUGUGUGUGUGUGUGUGUGUGUGUGUGCGAGCGAGUGAGCGCAUGUUGGUUGAAAGCGUCUGUGUUGUGUUAUGUCUUUACCCAAACAUCAUAUUCACAACAUUGUUACUCAUGUUUUCAUGUCAGUAAUCAGGUUGGUUCAUUGACUGUAUAUUUCCCUGUUGAUCCCACAAGCUUUGCUAGUGGGACUAGUUUUGGUAUUGAGUUGGUCAGUAAGCAAACUGUUACAGUGAUAAUUCAUACCUGGUAAUUCAAAUCUGAUCAACAUCUAUAUUGGGCUGUUUAAAUAUCCAAAUAUAUCCAAACAACUGAAUAUUUGGCCUAUCCAUAUUUCUGAGCAGCCACAAAUACAUGUGUGGGUUUUUUAGUGUCUGUUUGGCUACGAAAUUAUUUAAGACUAAAUAUAAUUAGGGCCCAGAUGAACCUGUGGAGCGAGAAAUAAUUAAAGCUUUUGAGAUUAUAAAGGGUUUUACAAGGAAAGGUGAAUAUUGCACUGCUGUACUGCUUUCAAUUGUGUUUCCCCCAGCAAACUAGAUUUUGAUCUUUUUUUAAGAUUUUGUAAUUUUUGUUUGACAGAUGUGUUCCUUAACUUAAUGAAAUGAAAAGCUCUGGUAAGGAAGAUGUCCAAUAAUAAAACUACAAAAAGAGUAAUUUA